AUGAAAUCGACGGAAGAAAAGUUCACGGCCACCCCUGAUGUUGAUCAGCGGGAACAAGUCGCGGAUGCUACGACUAAAGAGAAGUCCGAAGUCACUGCAGGUGCGGAUGUGGAUGAUCUCGACGUGGCAAAUUCCAAAGCAUUCAAGGGCGAUGACUCGGAUGGUAAAGUCGUGUGGACGGUUCGAACUGUGCUUGCGUUUCUCUCACUGUCAUGGCUUAACGUGGGCUCUCAGCAGAUCUUGUAUGUCGUGGGUGGUUGCCUGUCGUACAUCGCCGAGGAUCUCCAUGCCACAGGCGCGGAAGGUUGGCUGCCAGUGGCAAACAUCCUUGCGGUCGCGGCAGUGGCGCCCUUCACCGGAUACAUGGAGGAUCUUCUUGGGCGAAGGGUCAUUGCCAUUUCUGGGGCGGUCACUCUCUGCGUGGGUUGUAUUAUAUUUGGCACAUCUCAUACGUUUGCACAAGCCUUGGUGGGUAUGGCGGUCGCUGGUGCUGGCGCGGCGGUCGGCGAGUUGACUGCUCUUGCUGGGACUUCGGAUAUGGUCCCUGUAAAGCACCGCGGACUUGCAGCGGCGGCCGUGACCUUUACCAUCAUUCCAUUCGCUCCAAACGUUCUUUAUGCUCAGCUUUACGCUUCUCAUUCCACUUGGAGAUGGGGCGCAUGGAUCGCAUUGAUUAUCAAUGGUAUUGUGACUGUAGGCCUGAUUUUUACCUACUUCCCAAAAGCCCAUCCACGAACACAAGGACAGUCCAAGCGCCAAAUCAUCAAGGACAUUGAUUACAUCGGUGGUCUACUCUCUAUCACUGGGUUGACACUUCUUCUUGUGGCAUUGCAAGCUGGCGGCUACUCGCAUCCAUGGUCUAGCGCCUAUGUUCUCUGCACACUAUUAAUUGGCUUCGCUCUGAUCGUCGGUUUUGUCGUGUGGGAGUGGAAGGGGGCAAAGUACCCAAUGGUUCCAAGGGAACUCUUCGCCGGUCAACGAGUCGUGGCCCUAGCAUAUGGUGUCGCAUUUAUCGGCGGUGCGAGUUUCUACUCUCUCCUCAACAUGUACCCAUUGACAUUUUCGACGGUCUACGAUCCCGCUCCUGUGAAAGUCGGUACAAAAGCCGUGGGUGUUGCAGUUUGCAAUAUUGCGGGAGCAGUCUUCUUCAAUGCAAUGCUAUCAGUGACCAAAGGUCAUGCUCGAGAAAUACUCUUUAUUGCUUCAGCUAUCAUGACCGCCCUUGACGGAGCCUUGGCCGUAGCAACCCCCUUCAACGCGACCACUACUGUUGCCAUAGGGUCCUUGGCCGGACUUGGUGUUGGCGGUAUCUUGGUUCCAGCGGCAACAGUCGCUAUGAUUGUGGUACCUGAUUCGCUCUUGGGUACCGCGGUCGCCCUCUCCCUAUCUGUCCGAACCGUUGGGGGUUCGAUUGGAUAUAGUAUCUAUUACAACGUCUUUUCCAAUAAGUUAAAGACAAGACUGCCAGCAAACAUUGCAAGGUAUGCCAUCGAAGCCGGACUCCCCGUGGCAGAUGCAGAGGCUUUUGUGGGUACAUUCUUAACCAAACCGGCGGAGAUUGCCAAGGUUCCCGGUGUCAAUGCUACAAUCAUUGAGGCUGCGACAAUAGGCUCUCGAUGGGCCUUUGCAGAGUCACUGCGUUAUGUUUGGUAUACCAGCAUUGCAUUUGGCUCGGUGGCAUGCGUACUCAGCUUGUUUAUUCCGUCAAUCCGCAAGUACUGCACCAAUCGUAUCGCAGUCCAGGUUUAG